AACUGGUGUUAGUAUCGGAAUAUGUACGUCAUCCCUUUGGUACUUGAUACUGCCAUUGAUAUAUGUUCCUUCAGACCUCUUCGCGAUCUUCUAUUCUCCAGGCGAAGGCCCAGUGCCGUUCAUGUACUCCACAGAGGCAUUCCCUCUCUAUCCGUGAUAACGGCAUGUCCUUUGCUACUGCGACCACCUGGUUCUGGAACUUCAUUCUCUCAAUCACUUGGCCUUCGCUCGUCUUGGCCUUCAAACAACAAGGUGCCUUCAGCUGGUACGCAGCAUGGUGCUGUCUUCUCUGGGCGCUCAUCUUGUUAUUCGUGCACGAGACAAAAGGCAAGACCCUGGAGGAGCUCGACCAAGUUUUCACUGUCCCCCUUGGCAUGCACGCUGCAUAUGGUCUGCGCCAGAUACCCUACGGUAUCAAGAUAUUCGUGCCGUUCCAGAACCCUACCCCUGAGCAGCUUUAUGAGUUUGAGAGCGAGAGCGAGGUGUCGAGCACCGGGGGCAACGAGAAUGCGAAGAGUGAUUCAUACCAUUCCAAUGUGUUGUAUUUGUAUUUUGUACUAUUAAUACUAAUGAUAGCAACUUGAA